AUGACUGUCUUUUUAGGCGCUAGUGUAGGCGCAUUUGUUGCUUCAACCAAUGUCACAUGUACUCGUUUCUAUUCACGAGUUAUUUAUAAUCGUACAGCACAAGAAUUAAUGGAUGGUUUACAACAAUGCAUGCGAGUUGUACUUUAUCGAGAUGGUGUCUCAGAUGGUCAAUUGGCUAUUGUUGCUGAACAUGAAUUACCACAAAUUAUUGAUACAUUUCCUAAAAUAAUGCCUGGAUAUCAACCGAAACUUGCUGUUGUUAUUGUUAAAAAGAAAGGUAAUGCUCGAUUUUUUGCUAAAAUGGGUAGUACAUCAAUGAGUAAUCCUCCACCGGGUACCAUUAUUGAUCAUACAGUUACAAAUGCUGAAUGGUAUGAUUUUUAUUUAAUUUCGCAAUGUGCUCGACAAGGAACAGUUUCACCAACACAUUACAAUAUUAUAUGGGAUCGAACAAAUUUCAAAGUGGAUCAUAUGCAACGUCUUACUUUUAAACUUACUCAUUUAUAUUAUAAUUGGCCAGGAACAAUUCGUGUACCAGCUGUCUGUCAAUAUGCUCAUAAAUUAGCAUUUCUUGUUGGUCAAAGUUUACAUCAAGAUUUUAAUCCUGAACUUGCUGAUCGUCUUUUCUAUUUGUAA